AUGGCGAAUAAAAUAAUAUGGCCAGCACGAAAGUCCGCCGCGCCUGCGUUUGGAAGGAGCUUCUCUCCGCGGCGCAGUCUGGCCCUUAGGGCCCUCUCUCUCUUGAAGAAGGUGGAUCCAUUUUCAACACCCAUUCUAUUUCGCUCUACCUCGUCUGUCAGCGGAGAUGGCGGAGUUUUUGGCGGAGACACCGGUAGUGGCGGAGAUAUUAGUGGGGACAUUGGCGGAGAUUUUAGCGGAGAUACCGGUAAUGGCGGAGAUACUGACAGUGGCGGAGAUAUUGGUGGGGAUAUUGGCGGAGAUUUUGGUGGAGAUACCGGAAGCGGCGGAGAUAUAGGUGGGGACAUUGGCGGAGACCUCGGCGGAGACACUGGCGGAGAUACCGGCAAUGGCGGAGAUACCGGUAGUGUCGGAGAUAUUGGCGGAGAUAUUGGUGGCGACAUUGGCGGAGAUACCCGCAAUGGGGGAGAUACGGGCAGUGGCGGCGACGUUGGUCCCGGCGGUCCCGGCGGUCCCGGCGGUCCAGGGAUGGGCGGCAAGGGCGGAAAGGGAGGCAAGGGCGGAAAGGGAGGGAAGGGUGGGAAGGGAGGCAAGGGCAGAAAGGGAGGGAAAGGGGGCAAGGGGGGAAAGGGAGGGAAGCCUGGUAACCAGCAAGGCGGGCCUGGCGGAGCGCAGGGGGGCCCUGGCGGAGAUACCGGCAAUGGCGGGGAUACGGGCAGUGUCCGAGACAUUGGUGGAGAUAUCGAAAAUGGCGAUACCAGCAGUGACGGAGAUAUUGGCGGAGAUACCGGAAAUGGAGGAGAUACAGGCAGUGGCGGCGACGUUAGGGUGGGUGGUCCCGGCGAUCCUGGGGUGGGCGGCGGAAAGGGCGGAAAGGGAGGCAAAGGAGGGAAGGGUGGGAAGGGAGGGAAGGGCGGAAAGGGAGGGAAAGGGGGCAAGGGAGGAAAGGGAGGGAAGCCUGGUAACCAGCAGGUUGGGCCUGGCGGAGAGCAGGGCGGGCCUGGUGGCGAGCAGGGGGGCCCUGGCGGAGAGCAGGGGGGCCCUGGCGGAGAGCAGGGGGGCCCUGGCGGAGAGCAGGGGGGCCCUGGCGGAGAGCAGGGGGGCCCUGGCGGUGAGCAGGGAGGUCCUGGCGGUGAGCAGGAAGGCCCUGGGGGAGAGCAAGGGGGUGCUGGCGGGGAGCAGGGGGGAGCAGGCAGGCAGGAUCAGGGCCAGACCGCGGGCACAACAAGCACUGGAAAGGGCGGAAAGGCUGGAAAGGGCGGCAAGGGUGGGAAAGGAGGGAAGGGGGGCAAGGGUGGUUAG